AUGGUUACCAGAGGAAAGGACGGCAUUAGGAAGCCUAACCCUCGUUAUGUUCUUCACACAGUCAAAAGCAGUCCAAGAGAACCCAAAUCAAUAGCUGAAGCAUUACAACAUCCCGGAUGGAAUGAGUCUAUGGUAGAAGAAGUUGAUACAUGCGCAGAAACAAAGACUUGGAGCUUAGUUCCACGUCCAGCUGAUGCACAUGUCUUGGGUUGCAGAUGGGUUCACAAGAUAAAACUAAAUGAAGAUGGAACGGUUGGGAGGCUGAGAUCAAGGUUGGUUGCUAAAGGAAAUGAACAGGAAGAAGGAAUAGAUUUUCUUGAAACAUAUAGUCCGGUGGUUAUAACGGCAACUGUGAGGCUUGUUCUACAUACAACAACUGUCAAUAAGUGGAAGAUAAGAGCGGCUGAGCUCUCCUGGAUAGCGGAUCUUCUUCAGGAGCUGGGCUACUCUCCAACAAAGCUUGCGGCAGUCUUCUGUGACAAUCUGUCUGCUGUUCACCUAACGGCAAACCCAGUUCUUCAUAAGAAGUCUAAACACUUCGCUAUUCACUAUCAUUUUGCGCGAGAACAAGUAGCAAAAGGUGCUUUGGUGGUACAUCACAUUCUUGCAGCAUCUCAGACAGCAGACGUCUUUACCAAGUCAUUGCCAAAAGCUACAUUCUACUUUUUACGCUCCAAACUCGGUGUUGAAGCUUACCCCACCACGAGUUUGCGGGGGGAUAUUAGCGUGGCCCAGAUAAGUCCAGCCCAGCCACAACUUCAGAUAUCUCAAAAGCCCAUUAAAGAGAGUCAAAGGAGUCAACAUCAGGACAGAGCUUCAACGGUUCAAAACAGAGUUCAAGUCUGCGUUUCCUCUAGUACGGGAAAGCAACCAUUACAGCUGUGUAAUCGAUAUGCUCUUUUGUCUUGUUGCUAG